AUGGCGCCUAAAACUACAAAGAAGCCGUCCAGCGACAGCGAAGCGGUCAAGAAGCAUCGCCAAGGAUUCAGAGUUGGCCCGGAUAAUUUACCGGACGGGCCAUGGCGCCGUAAAGUAACGAAAAUCAAGCAGGAUCUGAUUCACAAAGCCAAAGUCAAAAAGGCUUAUGCCAAGAUCAAGGAGCGCGAACAAAAGCAAACGGCGGCUGGUGACGGCGGCAGGGCCGAGCAAGAUGCCACCACUGCCGCUGACAACAGGGGGGACUCAAAAGGCAGUGAGAAAGUCAUGCACCCGACGCGGGAGCUCAUGAUCAAGGACGAGGAGGUGGCGCAAAAAGCGGCCCAGGGCCAGGGCAUUGACGCCAGCGAUGGGCACCGCCGGCGGACACGCCGUCCGGGCUAUUACGACAAGCAGCUGGCCAAGGCGGACGAGCACCGGGCUGAGGCGGCGCGGCGUGGCGAGGAGCGCGCGCGACGGGCGGAAGAGAGGCAGACUCGGCUGGCGGAGCGGGACAAGUUCAAAAGGGCCAUGGCCAAGACAGUCGGGCGCGAUGGCAAGAAGAAGCUGGGUCGCGAGAGCGGCAUCUUGCUGGACAAAGUGAAGAAGAUGGUGGCGAACCAGUAA